ACACGUCUCGGACACGUCAUCUCUAAGCGUUUCUGAAGGAUAAACUUUUUUUGCAGCAAACCGUGGUCGCAACCACUCCCUCUCUGCGAGUCAAACACGUUUGUUCUCAAUUUAUUGUAAACAUACUUUGGUGAGACUGUGAUUCCUCGUUGCCUUAAAUUUUUAAUAAUAUGGCUUUGACAGUCCCAUGCAUGAAGCCGGUCAAGACUUUUCAACGUCAGCUCCAGGGCUUUCUAUGGAAGUCCUUUUUUUGCAUAUCAACUGUUGAUAUUGUUAAAGUCAAACCGCCAAAGAAAAUACGGAGAAAGAAACUAAACAUGAAAGCUUUCGAUGAAAGCAUGUCCUGGGAUGACAGACUGGCUGAUGCUGUGACACCCCUUUGGAGGCUCAGUUAUGAUGAACAACUUCACAUCAAACAGCAAAACCAGGAAAAUAUACUGAAACAAUUCUCUUCCCAGCUUUCCCAUUUAAUCUUAGCUCAGAAAUCACCGGUGGUCAACGAUACGUCGGGCUUCUCUGUUCUGCCUAUAAAGCCAUCACCAGUUAGGGACUGCUAUCGCAAUAAGUCUACAUUCUCUGUCAACAAAGGCGUGGACGGCAACCCCAAAACAGUCGGGUUUUAUGUUGGUACUGGCAGGGACCGAAACAUUAUUUGCGUCAAUGGAGACCACCUUCUGAACAUGCCUGAAAAGCACAAACAAGUGGCCAGAUGCUACCAAGAAUUCAUUCGUCUAUCUCCCUUAGAUUCAUGCCUUCUGUUCCAUAAAGGAGGUCACUGGAGAGAGGUCACGGUCAGGACCAAUGCAAAGGGCCACACUAUGGUUAUAGUCUAUUUUCACCCACAAACACUUGUCCCAGAGGAGAUAGCAAUUCACAAACAAGCCCUUGUGGAUUACUUCACGAAGGGCCCGGGAGCCAUUUGUGAGCUCUACUCACUGUUCUUCCAAGAGACUUCCAUGACCCGCUGUGAUCACGAAGAAUCCCCAUACCAACUCUUGUAUGGCCAGGCACAUAUACAUGAAGAGCUGCUGAGCUUCAAGUUCCGCAUCUCCCCAGACGCUUUCUUCCAGGUCAACACGGCUGCAGCCGAAGUGCUCUUCACCGUGGCUCGGGAGAUGUGCUUCCCGGAAGGGGUGGCAGAUAGGGUGGGUGGUACCCUUCUGGACGUGUGCUGCGGCACGGGCGCCAUCGGCAUCACCCUGUCCCCCGCGGUGGAGCAGGUCGUCGGGGUGGAGCUGGUCCCACAGGCGGUGGAGGACGCCAGACACAAUGCCGCGCUCAACGGCGUGCUCAACUGCCAGUUUCUCGCCGGAAAAGCAGAGGUGAUCCUUCCCAGGAUCGUUCCCCAGCUGAGCAGUUCCGAAGAAGGAAGUGGCGGUGGCGGCGUGGCGGCUUUGGUCAACCCUGCCCGAGCCGGGCUUCACUACCGCGUGGUCCGGGCGUUGCGAAACCAACCCGACGUGCGCAGACUGGUCUACGUUUCCUGUAAACCAGACGGAGAGGCCAUGAGGAACUUCAUUGAGCUUUGCUGCCCUCCGGACCCACAGAAGAAACUCACAGGGGAGGCCUUUACCCCGAGAGUGGCUGUGCCAAUCGAUAUGUUCCCACACACACAGCAUUGUGAACUGGUGUUACUUUUUGAGAGAUAGGUUUGAAACUUAAUGUUUAUAUGGUAUUAAAUCCUGCUAGCUAGUUUUUUGUUCUUUUGUUUUAAAUGGAGGAAUGAUCGUGUAUACUUGCAUAAACAGCUACUGCAUUCAUUCAAGUGAAGAAUGUGUUCUUCUACCCAAUUAGAUUGACCAAUCCAAUUUGUCCACUGCUCUAAUGCUGUACUCAACCACUAGAUGGUACUGUUUGGGCUUCCACGUGUCUAGUAUACUAUGUCACAUUGUCAAAAAAGUAAUUGUUUCACAAUA